GCCCUGGCGCCGCUGGCGGGGUCAACGGUCUCCUCUGGCGCGAGAGUCCGAGAACGGUGGCGACCUCCGCGGAAGGACUUCGUGGGAGGAGAAUGGCUUCAAUAAGAAAAACCAGCCGUCCCGUGCGUGAUAUCUUUGGCGACUUCAGUGAUAUUUCCUUAGAAGAUUCAAAGAUGGAAGAAAUCCAGAACUUGGAAAUCAGUAGAAGUCUUACCAAAAUAGCACCCGGUCCGAGCAGAUUUCUAAAGAGAAACCAGACUAUGGGUGGAAAACACACACUCCCGAAAGAGAAUGCUUUCCUGGGGAGUGGGCCCUGGCUCUCUUCAGGUAGAGCUUCGACCACUGCCUCGAAGGUCAGGGCCAAUGCUGCGCUCACAAAGCUGGCCCAGAUAGAAACCAAGAUCAGGACCCGGAAGGUGCAGAUGGAUCUGUCUGACGUGGAACCUGACCUGAAGACCUCUGAGGACUGGCUUCCUAGCAGAGCAGAUGAAAAUCCCCCCAGAAGGACGGUUGACCUUUCUUCACAGAACACAGACAAAACCUCCCAGAAACAGGCCCUUGAAAUUCCUGUCCCUGAGAGUGACAUGCCGAGUGGGAAGGUCAGUAGGUUUCUAAAGAAGAGAGAAGCACCUGUGGAAAAGAUAUCCCCUGAAACACAUGUUGGGAAAGAGAGGGAUUUUCAAACACCCAAAGAGAAAAAACCUCCUAGAAGACUGGAUCCUCCAGACAGUGAUGAAGAGGAAAUGAAAGAGUUGCUGGGAAGCUUGAUGGAAUCUUCUAGCGAAAAAGAAGCAUCCACAAAUCAGGGUUUCACCAGCCCCAAAGUCAAUGAGAAAGAACAAACAAAACUAGUCUCGGAUCAGAUCCCAAAUCAACUGAGAGUCCUUUCGCUGCCCAGGAAGGAUCUUUCCAGCUCAAAGCCAUUUCCGACAUCACGUCUGCCAACCUCACGGUCAGCAGAUGGGACCCUUCGCAGUGCUGGCUCGAGAACUCGCUCCCCACAGAUUCCCAUUUCAGAGGACACAGCCUCCCACACGGCGUCGCUUUCCAUCCCCAGCGCCUUUCCGAAGUCCGUGCCCUCGACAGUGGGGGAUGGCAAGCUCUCGUCCUCCCCGAGAAGGAGUGAGGCUGGGCCUCAGGAUGAGUCUCCCUCAGAAGCCGCCGAUGAAAGUCUAAACGAUUUGAGAAUAAACAUUUUAUCCCUUGAUGAUCUGGCUCCAGCUGUCAGUGAAAAAUCAGCCUUGGAACAGAAAAAAGAAGGUCAGGGGGAAAAGGCAUCCAGCAAAAGCCCCUGGGCUGGGGCCCCCCCCUCUGGAAGCGAGAUUUCUGAGUGUCUGAGCCAGCGGUCCGUCUCGUCCCCUGGACCCAAGGGCACUUCUAGCCUGGGGUCAAAGUCUCAGGAACCUACGGCCAGCACAGUGAGCUCGGCUUAUUCGGAAGAUUUUGAAAAAUCCCCCAGUCCAACAGCAUCUGAGUCGAUGGCCCAUUCUGAGGCGUCUCCUGACAGGACGCUGGCGACUCGGUCUGAAUUUUCUGCAAGCCUGAAGACAGACCUUCCUCCACCAACUCCCAAGUCUCGGAAAAAGUGGGCCCGGGGUGUUACAAGAGUCAUGGUGAAGGAGAUGGCUGUGCAGACCCUCGAUCCCGCCUUCACCUACCAGUGGGCUAAGGCGGCCGGCGUCGCGGCCAUCGGACCAGCCCUGGGAGGUGCCUACGCGGACCCCUCGCCCAUCGCCAGCCACGUCAUCAGUGCGGACGCCAUAGAAGCCCUGACAGCAUACAGCCCGGCCGUGUUGGCGCUCAACGAUGUGCUGAAGCAGCAGCUGAGCCUGACACAGCAGUUCAUCGAGGCCAGCCGGCACCUGCAUGCAUCCCUCCUGCGCUCCCUGGACCAGGACUCAUUCCAUUACCACACCCUGGAGGAAACCAAAGAGUACAUCAGGCAACACAGGCCCACCCCGCUGACCAUGGAGGAGGCCCUGGAGGAGGUGAAGAAGGAGCUGUGAACGCCGGGAGAUGGAGACCGUGUGAGAACCGAGCUGUCCCUACCACCUUCCACUGCCAGUAAGCCAAGAAGGGUCCAACAGCCCUCGCUGCCGGUGGCCGGCCACUGGCGUGGCUCCCUGCCCGCGCCGCGCCUACUUGCACUCGUCCCUGGCCUUCAUGCGGGCGAUGAAGGAAUAGCUCUUGUUCCUGCGGUAGUUCUCGUAGGGGUCGUCCAGGGCCACGCCCACGCCCUUGUACUGGUCCCACUUAUCCCGGACGUCCCCCCCCUUGAUGGGGUCCUGGAUUCCUUGCUCUUUCACGCCGAGGCCGCCAGAUCCGCUCCAGCCUGAAGAAGAGAGGGAUGAGUGGUUACGACCCACAGAGGAAGCUGAAAUUGUGGUGCACUGACCCUGACACGAAGUUAAAUGGAAAUGUGUUUGGAGAGUUGAACGACAUGCAGACAUGCAGUUUAUAAACGGGAAACUAAGGUAGUAAGAAAGGACGCUCAGUAAAAACCCUGCAGGCUCAGAAGUUCUGGUCAUGAGUUGGAACUUCCUGACUUCAUCAUCCCCCAACCACGGAUGCCCAGAGCGCAUUGUUCCGUCUUCCCAGGAACCUUACCCAUUUUCACCAGCAUCUGAUGUCCUUUGUUCUCUUCCCCGAGCCUGGAGUCAGGUAUAGGAGGUGCUGAAUUAGAACCCAGACCAGCCGAGGAACUAAAAUUAAGACAGGUUACCUCUUUUAAAAAAGAGCUGAUACAUUUAUUGGAAUGAAAACUUAGAAUAUUACAGUGUGUAGCUUAUAUGAAGGGUCACCAGCGUGAGAUGGACACACACACACACAUUUCGUGUCUCUAGCCUUCUUCUUUAUCCUCUUCGCCAGCAGAUAAGGGGGUUCCCUAAGAUGGCGGCCCCUGCCUCACACUCAGCGGCACGGGCGGGCCACACUGGACCCGUAAAACGGUCAGAAAAUACAGAGCGCAGCCACCGCCUCAGGCUUUACAACGUGACUGCAGAGGUAACAGCGAGGUGUGAGACGAGGUGCCACUGUCACUGUGCUAGCGCUCGGGGGCCCCGAGGUGCCGCCUUGGCGCAGGCCACUGCGAGCGUGUCUUCUAACAACACGUUUCAACAUUCACAGCAAAGCAUCAGAGGGUUCCAGCGCUACCAGAGGUCCUGACAGUUAAGACAGAAAUCUUACGGCGGGGUGGGGCUCCUGGACCGCGACCGACGUCUCCUUCCCGGGGAGUAGGACUUGGACCGAGAGCGAGAGCGGGUCCGGGAGCGGCUCUGUGAGGAGCGUGAUCGGCUGCGGCUCCUGCGGGCCAGGGGAGAGGGGGCGGGUCAGCGCAGCUGCCGAGGAGCCUGAGGCCUUGCAUCCCGAGAGGCGCGGCCCUGCCUACCUGGAUCUGGAGCGGGAGUAGGAGCGGGAGCACGAACGAGACCUUGACCUUGAGUAUGAGCCGGAAGACUUGGAGGACCUCGAGUUGGAGCGGGAGGAGGAGCGCCCUCGGCUUUUGGAUCUGCUCCGAGACCUCGAGGGUCCGCUGCGGGGAGAGGCCUGGUGAGCCGGAGCCCCUCCAUGGGCUGUGCCCAGCCCGCCCCAACCCCCAACUCUAAAAGACCCCCGAUGUGCCCAGUGCAGGUGCAGACACGCCCUUUCACAUCAGGGUUGAAUACAGACUAUGGCAAGCUU